AUGCACUCCAUCGAGCGGGGAGUCGCCUUGAAAGCUUCGUGCAAUUUCCAGGGCGGAGGCCCGUCCGUGCUCAUCAACGCGCACCCUGCGUGCAUGCAGCUGCCGCAGGACUGCCCCAUUGUCAUCGCCCAGGGAGACAAGGACGAGGUGUACGCGGUGCAGCGGGAGACCGCCGAGGCUCUGAUCUCCACGGGCUCGCAGGACAAGACGUUCCUCCUCUGGAUCGGCAGCAGCGGCCUGCUGCCACAGGCCGGCCAGGACCCGAGGCGCCCCGCGAGGUGCCCGACGCGGCUGCCGGACGAGGACGAUUCGAGCUCAUCUUCAGGCUCCUCGUCGUCCGACGGCGAGGGUGACCGGCAGGGCCGGGUGGACCGCCUGGCCUCCGCGAGCCGCACGGGCGUGCUGCUCGAGGUGAUGCUGCCGAGGCAGCAGGAGCGCAAGCCUGUGCUGAAGAGCGCCCUGACGGAGGACUGGGAGGGGACCGAGGACCAGUUCACGCCGCAAACAGUCUUGCUGCACGUCUACGACCUGGACGAGUACCAGGAGGCCAACCAACUGCUGAGCUUUGCCGUGGACGAGCCCUUUGGUACGUUGCCAGCCGCAGGCAUCUGCGGCCACGUGGAGUCCGCCAUGUCAUCGGCGACGGAGAAGUGCAGAGCCAACAGUGCGGCCAAGAAUCGGCGCAAGCAAGACAGGAUGGACGGCAGAUUGCGAGAAUUUGCUGCCAUUGGGAGACCACAAGGGAUCGGCAACAGGUUGAAGAAGCAGCCGCCGACUUGCGCGAAGAACAACGAGGGGGCGGAAAUCUUGGACUGA